GUGGAUUAUGAAACGAUACGAAAACAAAAACGAAACGAAACGAAAUGAUGUACUAAAUGGGAAUUUUCUAAUGGUGAAACACGCAAUAUUUUUCGCCUUUAUAUCACAUGGCAUGCAAUGUAACAACAACAAAAACAACAACAACUACUACUACAUCUAAUACAACAACAAUUUAUACGAAUGUAAAUAUGCACAUGCACACAUGAUGACAUGUAUGCAUGCAUGCAUGCAUGCGUGUGUGGCAUAUGUGCGUUCGAAAUGUCAACACAGAUUUGGCAGAUUUUGACUAUGAGACAGCGAUUUAUUAUGGCGAUUCAAAUGUGAAUAUUGGCGAGCCAUUCUCAAUCACAUGCAUAGUCCCCUUGGCCGAACCCAUAUUUUGGCUAAAAGAUGGCGAGCCAAUAACGCGACACAAUCUACGCCACGGACGCGAUGAGCACUCCUACACGCUGUCGGAGAGUGCCAUUGAGGGUGAGAAACACAAAAUCGAGGCGCAUCUUUCCGUGCGUCACGCGCUUAAGGUGCACGAGGGUCAGUAUAAGUGCAACAAUUUGCACACAAGCUACCAUAUGUUGCACGUACGCAGCGCCAAUGAGGCGCCAACACACCCACAAACUUAUACACCAUUUGUGGUAACAGCGGGUGGCGUCGGCGUCGGCGGCGGUGACGGUGACGGUGGUGGCCAUCUUUCAACGCUCUCGGCAUACGAAACGAUACACGAUCUGACACCCAGUUCGGCAGAUGAUAUUUUCACACGCAUAUGGGAGCCGCACAUGGAGGUGGACGUUUCGCCGGCUAUGCCACUGCCAACACAAACUACCACAACAACAACACACCGGCGACAACAUCAUCACCAUCAUCAACAGCAGCAGCAGCAGCAGCAACAACAAAGGCCUCAACCUAAAACAACGAAACUGGAUGAGCAACACAAAUUGAUUUAUAUAAACGCCACAAACUUUGAUGGUAAUCCAUCCUUAACGCUGCCGGAUAGCAGCAGCGAAGGCGCCAGCAUUGGCAGUGAACUGGACACAGGCCUUAUCAAUCUGGAGUAUAUAACGCCGCCAAAAAAAUAUGGCGAAAUAACAACGGCGCCUAGUCGCGGUUACGGUGGCAGUGGUGGCGGUGUCGGUGCUAACGCCAAAUAUCCACCGAUGCCGAACUUCCCACCACCACGCACAACAAUGCUGUCCACAACAGUAGCGCCAGUCGCGCAAUUUUUCACACCUCCACAUCAUCAUUUGGAGCAUCACGGUCACGGGAUCACUGCCAGCAAUAGCAAUAGCAAUAACAUGUAUAACAAUCCUUUGACAACACACGGCUAUCAACUGGUUGAAACACAAUCCACAUUUCCGCUGCAAACAGCUGCGCCAAAUUAUCAGCAACCGACACAAAUGUUCACGCCACAACAAAUUGGCAGUAGUGGUGUACAAACGUUGACACCAAUGGACGUUUACCAGCAGCAGCAACAACAGCAGCAGCGCAAUCAACUGCAAACCUAUCCACCGCAUCAGUUUGUAAAUCAGCAGCAGCAGCAGCAACGACACCCUAUAUCUGGUGUGACCGCGGUUACGGCGGGCGGCGGCGGCAUGUCGCUCCCCACAGCUUUGUCGCCACAACCCACUCGCAUGGCACAAGUGCCAAUCCGCAAGGAUACUGAAUUUUUGGUGCCAAACUACGAUAAUGCAGAACAUCAGUUAAAAGUAUAUGAAAUCAGAUCACCUCUAGUACUUAGCUGUAACAUAACCAAAGCUGGUGAUUAUGUGCUGAAAUGGGAAAAGAACGGUACGGAUGUUGCGAAAGUCAAAGAGCUUGCCGGUCGUUACAGAAUUAUUGCGGCCGAAAGAAAGUUCAUUAUUGACCGAACAGAUGUUGCCGAUGAUGGUCUCUACAGUUGUGUAGCCGAUGAUCAGAAGAAAGAAAUUAAUGUAGUUGCUCGCGUUGUUGUACGAGUGCCUUCGAAUACCGGUGUUGUAGAGGGUGAGAAAUUGUCAAUUGUCUGUACAUCUGUUGGUACAGACCCACAAUUGUCCUGGAUGAUUGGUAAUUUGACAAUCUCAAACAGCACAGGUCGUUAUAUAUUGAAACCCGAUGAUAAUCAAGUGAAAAACGCAAUUUUGUCUGUUGAAAACAUCAGCCUGGAUGAUAGAGGCGAAUAUAAAUGCAUUGGACGCAACGACGCCAAUGAGUAUGCCGGCUACGCUGAUGCUAGUGAUGCAUCAUUUGUUCGUGUUAAGGGCAAACUCGCCGCCUUGUGGCCUUUCCUGGGUAUCUGCGCCGAAGUUCUGAUCCUCUGUGCGAUCAUUCUCAUCUAUGAAAAGCGACGCAACAAGAGUGAAUUGGAAGAAAGCGACACAGAUCCACAAGAUCAGUAAGUUUUGUAGAAAGCACAGCAGCCACAGUUAUACCAGCUACCAUCAAAACAACCCACAUACAUACAUACAAGUAUAAACAGACAUGUAGUUGAGAUAAGUGUUACAACAACAUUAAGCAAUUAACUCUACAUGCAUGUAGAACAACAGACAGUUAGUGGAGUACAGUUUUUGUUUUUUUUUCUUAAAUUCACAACACUGCAAACAAGAAAACACACACAGUUUACGCUACCAUUUAUGAGUUGAUGAAACACACACACAAACAAACUAAAAAUAAAAUAACAGUUCUUAAGUUUAUCCAGAACGAAGGCAGGAAACCCCGUACAGUUAUACGCAGCAUAUACUUAUGUACUUUAUAAUUGUAAAAUAUAAUAAUAAUCGGACACUCAGACGCAACAACAAACAAGACAACAACAAAGCAAAACAAAACAAUGGACAUAUGGAAAAUGUCGUUUGUCACAAAAGCAAAAUAUAUUUGGUUCUAUUUCGUAGUUUCGUAGGUUUUUGUUUUUGUGUUUUUUUUUGUUAAACGCUAAAAUGUCGCUUGCCGGUUACAAAACGACGAAAAGCGUUAACGAAAAUCAAGGCGUUAGUUUAUAAGCCUAAAGUUAAAGUUGCGUAAAACGUUUAGUUCUUAACGAAUGCGUUUACAGAUUGCUCUAUGCUUUUGUUUAGUUCUAAAAACUGCAAAUAGCUAGUAAAAGUGGUUAUGUACUAUAUUUCUUUUGUGAGAGGCGUACAUGUUUUCGUGUGUAAACUUAAAUACAAGACGUUGAGGGCGUACCAAAACAAUUUAAACGUUAUAUAAUAUGAAACUUAGCGAAAAAGAUGAAGAGGAAAAAAAUUAGUUAACAAAUUGAAAACUGAUUUACUUAAUUGUAAAUUAAUUGUAUAAUAAAAUUAUGUAAUUUCCGCAAUGCAAAAAUUGCAUGAAUUUUUUUCUUUUUGAUACGUACAAAAAGAAAGAAAUAGUAAUAACAUCUUAAGUUCUUUAAAAUCUAAGUUAAAACCCAACAACCAAACAAAUACACUUAACAGAAGUCAUAGACACAAGUACUAUACUAUAUACAUACAUAUUAAUUACACAUUUUGCAGUUGAAAAGAGACUUAAUACAUUGACGAUUGUUGUCAGUCUAAAGCAAUUAUGUUUAUAUUGUUUGAAAAACAAAAUUUUGAAAAAUAUCUCAAAAAUAUUGAAAUUUUUUUCAAAUUUUUUUUUUAAUUUUUUUCAAAAAUUAUUUUUUUUUUUGAAAUUUUUUGUUUGCUUGUUAUAAUACGUAACACAACAUUUGUUAGCAUAAAUACAUGGUAAAAAGAAACGAAGAAAUUAUACACAAAUGUAUUGCUGUAGUCGGUAUAUAUUUCUUUACAAUUUUCUUUUGUGCCUAAUUUACUUUUGUGUAAUUAGUUUUGUAAUAAAUCAUUUAUUUUUAUUUAAUGCUGUUAAAUUUCGGCCAUGUAGUUGCGUUUUUCAUACUUUAUAGCGUAUUUAAUUUUGUAAUAUUUUAGAAAGUUCAUAAUUUUCUAUGCAUACAUAUGACUUUUGUUUGUUUUUGUAAUGCAGUAGUAAAUGUAGAAUGAAAAUAAUAAUGCAAAAUACAAUAAAUAUAAUGAAAGAGUGUUAAUUUUGUUUUAAGUACUUAUCGCUUAAUUUUUAAAACACGUUUACACUUUAAUGAUUAUUUUUUUCUAAAUAUAUGUAUACCAACGUAAUGAAAAUACAUAAAAGUUACAGUGCCGUAGCAAAAAUAUGCAGUCAAGGCAACGGUGAACUAAUAUAACUGGCAUAAACGCCGCUUAUGUGCGUUUGAAAUGUAUUUAUUGUUGUUGUGCAUAUGUUGCUAUUGCACAGCUGACAAGGAAGAAAAGUUACGAAAGAAACACGCGAAAUGUCGUGUGAGCAUUUUCAUGCUUGAGUAAUGUGUUUCAAAUUUUGUAUUUUCAAUUCUUAAAUAAAAUACCAAUAAACAUUCUAAAUCAGUAAUGGCGGCAGUAUACUCAAUUUUAUUAUUACUAUUAUUAUUAUUAUUAUUAUUAGUAUCCUUAUUAUUAUUUUGACUUGUGAGUUACCGUGCGUCGUCUUCGUAUGCUUUCAGUCAAAGUGAAAUAAUCGAAGAAACACUUCAAAAUACAGAAAAAUUUGAAACUGAUGAUGAACCAGUUAAAAUAAUCAGGCUACAUCCUGAUUCAUACUAUAAGAAAUAAUGAUAAAGCAAAUGUUUCAAGAUGUUGGCAGAUAAUCGUAAUCAAAAUAAAGGAAAUGAUCAGCUUGAUAAUUACGUUAAUGACGUUGAAAAUCAUAAUAAUGACGAUGAUCAUCAUAAUUAUGCCGAUGAUUGUUACAUUAAUGAUGAUCAUAAUCAUAUUCGUGACUAUGAUCAAUCAUAAUAAUGAUAAUGACGAUGAAAAUCAUAAUUAUGCCGAUGAUUGUUACAUUAAUGAUGAUCAUAAUCAUAUUCGUGACUAUGAUCAAUCAUAAUAAUGACGAUGAUUAUCACAUUAAUGAUGAUAUUCAUAAUAAUGACUGCGAUAAUCAUAUUAAUUACGAUGAUAUUCAUUUCAAAAUAAUAAUGGUGAUAACAAAGUCAAUAAUGGUAAUCAUGGUAAUGAGCAUGAUAAUCGUCUUAACGUUCAUCAAGUUGAAAGAAAAGAACAGAAGCAUAGAAUAACCAAAGCACAGCGGCGGUAAUUUUGCAAAAGUAUACCACUCAUUUCCACUUUUGUUUACGAUGUAUAUAUGUUUAUAGUAUGUACAUUUGUAUUGAAUAAUAUUUUCGGCGCUCUAAUGUACUCUACUCGAUUUUGGAUUGAAUUCUUAAUUUCUUAUUAAUAUUAUUAUGCUAUCUUUUUUACAAAUAAAAAAAUAAAAUCUUACAUAUGUAUGUAUAUCAACGGGCCUGUUAUGUUAAUAUUAUUUAUUAUUUUCACGAGCAUUAUACGAUAUUUUUUCUUUAAUUUAGAAAAGUUUAAAGUUUAAAGUGAAACUGUCAAUUUCAUUUUGGCGAAAUUAAAAAAAAAAAUAAAUAAAACAUAAAAAAUCA